UUUUUACCUUAGUAUGUCCUUGCUUUUAGACUACUAUAUUUAUUUAACUAAUUAAAAUGAGUGACCAUGGCUGAUUUCAAAACUCAGCUAGAAACUAUUCUGAAUGAUGCAUUGUUUUUUCAAUCCGUAGAAUCUGCGUUUUUUGGCUUGAUUCUUCACAAUGCUGAUGAAGAAAAAACUAGGAAGGAUGUAUUUGUAGAAAGUUUCAAACAUUACUGGAAACUGAUACCAGGCAAGGAACAAAACUCUGUUACUGGUUUUUUCGUUAACUAUGCUAACGAACAAGUAACAAAAACAAGAUUGUCAUAUUUGUAUGAUCUGUUAAAACAUUUGGUAGAAUGUGGAGUUGUUGCAGCAAGAGAUGCAUGUGAAAAUAUUUUAAAUUCAGAAUAUCUGCAAUUUGACAACCUGCAUGUGUGGAAUGAAAGUUUUGAAUUCAUUUUACAUUUUUUCACUCGUAUGGACUAUAAGAGUGUACGAGCAGUGAAUUCAGUUCUCCUCAAUCAAGUCAAAGUGAAACUACCAGAAACUAUUAUGGAAUCACAGUACCCUCUGUUGGAUAUUGUGAAAAAGACUGUAAAUAUCGGUCUUGAUCGAAACGCUUGCCUGAUGCCGAUUUACUUUGCUGCGAACGAGAUUUACAAACUUUAUCCUGUUGACAGUUUUCAUCCACAUUGGGCGUUGGGAGAGAUUUUUACCAAUUUUGUUAAUUCAUUCAAGCCACUUGCUCAGAUGGUUUCUAUAACAGGACAUGCUCGCCUUGUACCAGUUGUGGGUCACUCAGGCUCAUCUAAUGUAUGGAAUUUAGAACCCACAACGUUGAAGUUUCCACUAAAAGGACCACUACCAUAUCGAAAGGAUUUAAUUGAACCACAAAAAAGCCUGUUGCAAUAUGUUAUUGCACAGCCAUAUUCGAGAGACAUUGUUUGCUCCAUGCUGGGAUUGAAAAAACAGCAAAAGCAGCGUUGUGAGGCACUAGAAGACUUGCUGGUAGAUCUGAUUAUUGUAGCAAUGGAAAAAACCGAAAAUAUCAACGAUGGUGAUGAAUCACAUCAAUUACUGUGGCAACAUCUAUCCAGCCAAUUAAUCUUCUUUAUUUUGUUUCAAUUUGCUAGCUUCCCACAUAUGGUGCUUGCUCUGCAUGACAAAUUGCUCAAGCGCAAUUUGAACAAAGGAAGAGAUCACCUGAUGUGGGUUCUCCUUCAAUUUAUAUCUGGUAGCAUCCAGAAAAGUCCGCUAUCGAUUUUUUCACCUGUUAUGAAACUUUUUGAUCUGUUGUAUUCAGAGAAAGAGCCUCUACCUGUGCCAUCAAAAAUCACAUCUGAAUCUUCUAUCUCACUUUCAAUGGCAUGUAUAUGGGUUCAUUUGUCGAAAAAGGCAAAGAUUGAAAACAUUUCAUUACAACGAGGACCUCCUCCUGCACUUUCACGCCAACUUGAGUAUCUUUAUCAAAUUCUUCAACAAAAACAACACGAUGGAGCCGGAUAUGAAAUCGCACUCCUUUGCAAUGCUUACAGUACUAAUCCUGAAUCCUUUCAACCGCCUCUCCACGAACUUGUUGGCAGAUGUUAUGGCACUGGACAGAGCACUAUAAAAUUGCCGGGCCCAAAAGGUUGUGUUGCUGCUGGUAAUACUGUCCCAUUGGAUGUUAAGCUUUUAGAUUCCUUGACUGUGCAUGCUAAAAUGAGUCUGAUCAAUGGUAUUGUUACUCGCAUAAUCCAAGUUGCUCAAGCCACAAAGCAGCAACAACAGCAAAUUGCGCUGGCACCAGCAUUAGUGGAGACAUACAGUCGGUUACUGGUGUAUAUGGAAAUAGAACUACUGGGAAUUAAAGGGUUUAUAAGUCAACUUCUUCCGAAUGUUUUGAAAAGCAAAGCGUGGGGUAUUUUGCACACGCUGCUUGAGAUGUUUAGCUACAGAUUGCAUCAUAUUCAGCCUCACUAUCGUGUCAAUUUAUUGUCUCACUUGCAUUCAGUUGCAACGGUACCUUUCACUGAUAAAAGUCAACUACAUCUGUGCAUUCAAAACACCGCUUUACGAUUGAUUAUGGGGUUUGGAAAUUCUGAUGUUCAGUCACAAUUAUCAACACAAAGAAUCAAUUCUGAUCCAAAACAGAUAUUAUCCAAAGACUGCGAGGAGUUAAAUAGAGUAUUGAUUCUCACAAUAGCUAGAGCAAUGCAUAUUACAGGAGCUGACAGUCUGCCAUUUACCUGGUGUGAAGGUCUUCUGAGAGAAGCAAUAAAAAUAACUCCUCAUAAAUGGUCACAAGCAACAUUGUCUUGCUUUCCUGGAAUUUUAGAAGAAUUUUACACUCAAAAUGGAAUAGUUUAUGAUGUCACUGGGAAACAGCUUCUCGAAAAAAUUGACAAGCAUUACAGGAAAGUAAAAUCGCUUUCCAAUGAUGAAGAAGUAAUAACAUACUGUACAGAAACUGACCAAGUUCCUGAAAUUGUACUAUGUAUCAUGUGGAAAAUAAUGUUGGAACAAGGACGCAUAACACCUGUUUGCUAUCAAAUUUUAAUGAAACUAAGAACGAAAGCACUGUCGAAUUAUUUAAAUACGUUUGCAGAUUUUUUGGUACAUGAAUUUAAAAUGUUUAUUUCGAGUGGCUCGCAAGGUUCUGCUCAAGUAUCCAAGAGGUUUUUGUUUUUAAAUGAAAUGAUUUGGAAAUAUGAUAUCGUACCACUUGAUCGACUUAUACUUAGUUUGUGUUUGCGACCUCAUGACGAAAAGAAUUCACAAAUUUGUUUCUACAUCAUAAAGUAUUUGCUGCUACAGCCAACUGAAUUUAAAGUGAGAGUGAAAAAGUUUGUGGAGGAUAAUACAGCUCAGCAUUGGAAUCAAAACGAUUGGCACGACCGACAUAUCGCAUACCAUGAGCAAUUUCCUGAAAAGUUUUACUACGAAGGGAUAUUGGAAGCGAACAAACUGCAAGUCCAGUCACCAGAAUAUCUACCUACAUACUUUGGAAACAUUUGUUUACGCUUCAUACCAGUAUUUGAUAUUCUGAUUCACCGACUGUUGGAAGUUCCAGCGCCGCAAGGUGUUAACACGCUCGAGUUUAUUUUGAAAGAAUUUGGUUGUUUGUUUAAAUUUCACGACCGUCCAAUCACGUACCUCUAUAACACGCUGCAUUAUUAUGAAAACAAUCUCCGCGAGAACGUAGCCAUUAAGAAGAAACUUGUUUCUGUUAUAAUCAACUCUCAAACAAGCAACUAUGGUGAAGGCCGGGCUUGUUCAAAAGAGUUUUUGUCGUACUUGAGUGAGAGUAAUGAUUCAUGGGUGCCAAGCAAUCAAUAUUUCCUUAAUUUAAUUUCAAGAUUUGUAAAAACAAUUCGUAAUGAAAAUCCUUCUCCGUUCCCUUCCUGUGAUUGGAGAUUUAACGAAUUCCCCAAUCCGUCUGCGCAUGCGUUGUAUGUGACUUGUGUCGAGUUAAUGGCGUUACCAAUGCCAGGAGAAGAGGUUGGGAAGGCUAUUAUUAACGUGUUGAGACAGAGCAAUUUAAAAGCAAACUCAAGUAUACGAAGUGACAUUAUAUCCUGGAUUAACGCAACAGCCUUAAUUAUGACGUCAUUACCUGACGAAUACUUGCAGGUGAUCAACCAAAAAGUUUGUGAAGUGAUUCAAACCACGCUUUCCCACAUCACGCUGACGUCAGCAUCGAACGCUCCAUCGUUUUUUGACUUCACCUAUAACCAUGCUAUGAACUGCGAAUCGUAUCCAGAUUAUAUUCUGGCGUUGUUCCAUGCCACAUGGUUACAUUCCAGUGUGGGGCAGUUCACUCGAUUAUCAACAUUCUUGAAAGUACUGCUUAAACCACUGGUAAUGAAUGAAGCGCAACUUCUGUAUGUAUUCUGUUUAUUUGGACCGUUCCUCCAAAGGUUCCAGCAAGAGCGAACACGUUGUCUUUUUGAGGUGUCAGCAGAAUUUUACUACAUGUUGGAACAGGUUUGCAAGAACACAACAAGUCUUGUGUUUGUAGAUGUCAUCAGUGAUUUUCUUUAUCACAUAAAGUAUAUGUUCGUGGGAGAUAACCUACGCGAAGCUGUUGACAAAACCAUCGUCCACUUUCACGAACCUUUACAGAACAAACUAAAGUUUAUGGCGCUGCCUAAACGUGAAGAAAAACCUUCCGUGACAGAAGUGGUGAAUUUAACCUAGGAGGGUAGAUUUGACAUAUUCUUGAUGUCAACAAGUUUUAACUCGAAGUACAACAGGAACGCUUGUGGCAAUGACGGAACAUAGUAAUGAAAAUUGUACAGAGAAAGUGUAAAAGGACCAAAGAACAAUUUUGCUUACAAUAAAAAAAAUUAAAUUUAAAAAAUGUUUCAGCAAUUCUCCAUGGAAUUACAACAGUCCUGUUUGUUUGUA